AUGGAUCUCAUCGAAUAUGCCACCGAGGCCGAUGGGCCAGGACUUGCCAAAGUCAACGUCCAAAGCUUUCAAGGCCGCCGUCUCCUCGAAGAAAUUUUCCCAGAGGCCAGCUUGACCAGGGUGCAGGAAUUCAAAAUAAUUAUGGGAAUGAAACAUCUUGCCAAUCCCAAUAUGCACGUCCUCAAGAUCCAUGAUCCAGUCAGUGGGGAGCUGGCGACCUACAGCCGUUGGCAGUUUCCAGCAUCAUUUGGUCCAAGCCUGGUUACCAUAAGUGAGAAGGCAGCCUUGUUGGCCAAGGACCCCGUUCCACAUGCACCAAGACCAAUGAAUGAGGAGGUUUUCAAUGCUUUCAAAAGGCUCCUAGAGGAUGGUCGCAAGCGAUACACCACAGAUAACGACAUCAUCCUCGAUCUGCUAGCAACCCUACCGGAAUAUCAACGACGAGGGUUUGGUUCUGCUAUCUUGAAAUGGGGCAUAGAAAAGGCAGAUGCAUCCCAGUUGCGUAUCUUCCUCGAGGGUACGCCUGAAGGUGUUCCUAUCUACCUCAAGUAUGGGUGGAAGAUAUUAGAGGAGGUGGUUAUGGAUUAUACACCAUUUGGAAGUGUUGGGCAAGAGACCUUUUUCCUAAUGAUGAGGGAUCCAAUUUUACAAUAA